GCGCAUGCGCAAGAGCGAGCGAGUGCGCGCCCGCUGAGGACUCGGAGGACGAUGAGAGAACAGCUGUAACGUUACCGGAGGCCACAAUGCGACUGGCGCUCGGGGCUUCUCCUGUCUUGAUCCUCAUCCGCAAUGUCUGCGCAGAAUGAUCGAGGGAGCUCGUACUAUGCGCUCCUCUAAACUCAUAAACAGAAGAGCACAACUGGAGCCGUCUCAAAAUGAGCACCGGAUUCAGCUCGAGCUCCUGCCGCUUCGCGGAUUAUUUCGUGACCUGCGGUUUGGACACCGAGAGCGGCUUAGAGCCAGACGAGCUGUCCGCUUUAUGCCAGUAUAUACAGUCUACUAGAUUCAGUGAUGGCGCCAGAGGAAAGUUGGCGAGUGCAGACGAAGGUGAAAAUUUUGAGCAGAGUCCACUGCGGAGAACUUUUAAAUCUAAAGUUCUUGCGCACUAUCCCGACAAUGUGGAGUGGAACCCUUUUGACCAGGAUGCAGUGGGAAUGCUCUGUAUGCCAAAAGGCCUGUCUUUCCGGACACAGACAGACACCCGCAAUCCACAGUUCCACUCCUUCAUCAUCACGAGAGAGGACGGCUCCCGAACCUACGGGUUUGCCCUCACCUUCUUUGAGGAGGUGACCAGCAAACAGAUCUGCAGUGCCAUGCAGACACUCUAUCACAUGCACAAUGCAGAACAGUACGACAUCUUGCACACGCCACCCACACCUCGCAGUCCCGAAGACCCCCGUCCCACCCCUCAACAUCUGCACGCCGCCCCAUCCCUGUCCCGGUUGCAGCGUUUCAACUCUUACGACAUCAGCCGGGACACACUCUACGUGUCCAAAUGCAUCUGCCUGAUCACACCCAUGGCUUUCGCCAAUGCCUGCAGAAAGGUUCUCGAACAGUUGCACCAGGCCGUCACCUCGCCUCAACCCCCUCCACUCCCGUUGGAGAGCUACGUCUACAACGUCCUCUACGAGGUCCCACUGCCACCGGCCGGGCGUUCCUUGAAGUUUUCGGGGGUUUACGGGCCGGUGUUGUGUCAGAGACCCAGCACAUCCGAGCUGCCCCUCUUUGACUUCCCCAUGCAGGGGGUGUUUGAGCUGCUGGGUUUGGAGAACGUGUUACAGCUCUUCACCUGUGCACUACUGGAGAUCCAGAUCCUUCUGUACUCGCAACAUUACCAGCGGCUGAUGACGGUGGCAGAGAGUAUCACUGCCUUAAUGUUCCCUUUCCAAUGGCAGCAUGUGUACGUGCCCAUCUUGCCCGCUUCACUGCUCCACUUUCUGGACGCUCCUGUGCCGUACCUCAUGGGUCUGCACUCCAACGGCCAGGAUGACCGCACCAAGCUGGAACUUCCCCAAGAGGCCAACCUGUGUUUUGUCGAUAUUGACAACCACUUCAUCGAGCUACCCGAGGACCUGCCUCAGUUCCCCAACAAGCUGGAGUUCAUCCAGGAGAUCUCAGAGGUUCUGCUGGCGUUCGGCAUGUCUCCCGAGGCAAACCCACAAUGCAGCGAGGGCCAGGGCAAGCUCAGGGGCUUCCGGUCAGGUGACACGGCCUCCGACAAGCGCAACGGCAACCUGGCCGGCUCGCCGCUCAACUCGUACUUGCUGAGAGAAAACCAAACCAUAGCUCGUCUGCAAGCGCUGGUCAAGAGGACUGGAGUCAGUCUGGAGAAGUUGGAUGUGAAGGAGGACACGAGCACUAAUAAGGAUUUAAAAGUGCAGUGUGAUGAGGAUGAGAUGAGAAAGCAUCGGUUGAACAUUCACGUGCGAGAGGUCUUCGCCAACCGCUUCACGCAGAUGUUCUCCGACUAUGAGGUGUUUGUCAUUCAGCCCAGCCAAGACAAAGAGUCCUGGUUCAGCAACCGAGACCAGAUGCAGAACUUCGACAAGGCCUCCUUCCUGUCGGAUCAGCCAGAACCGUACCUGCCAUUCCUGUCCCGCUUCCUGGAGACGCAGAUGUUUGCCUCUUUCAUCGACAGCAAGAUCCUCUGCCACGAUGACGAGGACAAAGAGCACACGCUGCGAGUGUUUGAUUCCCGAGUCGACAAGAUCCGCAUGUUAAAUGUCAGGACGCCCACCCUGCGGACCUCCAUGUACCAGAAAUGCACCAAUAUUGAGGAAUCAGAAAAGGCCAUCGAGAUGCGGCUGUGUAAGAUCGACCACACGGCUCUGCACCCCCACCUGCUGGACAUGAAGAUCGGUCAGGGCCGCUACGAGCCGGGCUUUUUCCCCCGCUUACAGUCCGACGUGCUCUCCACUGGACCCACCAGCAACAAAUGGGCGAAGCGCAGUGCACCAGCACAAUGGAGGAGGAGGGACAGACAGAAACAGCACACUGAACAUCUCUAUCUGGACAAUGACCAGAGAGAGCAUGUGGAGUGUCUGUUUUCUGAGCUUCAGCUUCAGCUGGCUCUGGACUACUACUGGUUCUCGCAGUCCUUCAGGCCCUGUCUAAAGUCCGUCAAGGUGGAUGUGAAAUACAUCCAGGAGGCCAGGAACCUUGGCACCACUCUCCGCCAGCCCAAACUCUCCAACCUGUCGCCUUCAGUCAUUGCACAGACCAACUGGAAGUUUGUAGAGGGACUGUUGAAGGAGUGCAGAAAUAAGACGAAGCGCAUGCUGGUGGAGAAGAUGGGACGGGAAGCGGUGGAGCUGGGACACGGGGAGGUUAGCAUCACUGGCGUGGAGGAGAACACGCUCAUCGCCAGCUUGUGUGAUCUGCUGGAAAGGAUCUGGAGCCACGGUCUGCAGGUCAAGCAGGGAAAAUCCGCCUUAUGGUCGCACCUCUUACAUUAUCAAGAGAGUAAAGAGAAGAGAGACGCUACUCCAGCAGGCCUUGGCCCUCCUGGUAUCAUUCAUGACACAGAGAGACGGAAGUCGGAUGCUAGCUGUGCAAUGCCGCCUCUCAAAGUCUCCUUGAUCCAGGACAUGAGGCACAUCCAGAACAUCAGUGAGAUCAAGACGGAUGUUGGGAAGGCCAGGGCAUGGGUGCGUCUCUCCAUGGAGAAGAAACUGUUGUCCCGGCACCUGAAACAACUGCUGUCUGACCAUGAGCUCACUAAGAAACUCUAUAAGCGAUAUGCUUUCUUGCGCUGCGAUGAUGAAAAGGAGCAGUUCCUCUACCAUCUCCUCUCUUUCAACGCUGUGGACUACUUCUGCUUUACCAAUGUCUUCACCACAAUUAUGAUACCAUACCAUGUGGUCAUCAUUCCCAGUAAGAAACUAGGUGGCUCCAUGUUUACGGCCAACCCCUGGGUGUGCGUCUCAGGGGAGCUAGCUGAGACUGGGGUCCUGCAGGUCCCCAAAAACACUCUGGAGAUUACGUUUGAGUGCCAGAACCUGGGGAAGCUGACCACCAUACAGAUGGGCCAUGAUAACUCAGGGCUGUAUGCGAAGUGGCUAGUGGAGUGCGUAAUGGUCCGCAAUGGGAUCACAGGGCACACUUACAAGUUUCCGUGCGGCCGUUGGCUGGGUAAAGGAGUGGAUGAUGGCAGCUUGGAGAGGAUACUGGUGGGCGAAUUGGUGACUAACACGGAGAACGAAGAAAGAAUGUGCCGGACUCCUCCAAUGCAGCAAUCCCCCGGGAUGAUGCGAAGAUUUGUCACCAUUUCUCCAAACAGCAAACCAAAGUUAAACACCGGCCAGAUCCAGGAAGGAGUGGGAGAGGCGAUUAAUGGGAUCGUCAAACACUUCCAUAAGCCAGAAAAAGAGAGAGGAAGCCUCACGUUGCUUUUGUGUGGAGAGUAUGGUUUAGUUUGGGCUUUAGAGCAGGUGUUCCAGCAUGGAUUCAAGUCACCGCGCCUUUUCAAGAACGUCUUCAUUUGGGACUUCCUUGAAAAAUCACAGGUUUACUUUGAGAGUGCGGAGCAGAGUCAGAUGACCCAGGACGAGAACUGGCUGAUGAGAGUCCGUCAUUUCUGCCAUUUCAUGCGCGCCAUCAACAGCACACCCAGAAACAUCGGCAAAGAUGGGAAGUUUCAGAUGCUCGUGUGUCUCGGGGCCAGAGAUCACCUGCUGCACCACUGGAUCGCGCUCCUCGCCGAGUGUCCAAUCACAGCACAGAUGUACGAGGACAUGGCGCUCUUAAAGGACCAUUCUCUGGUGAACUCUCUGAUUCGAGUGCUACAGACUCUGCAGGAAUUCAAUAUCACUCUGGAGGCGUCUCUCGUCAAAGGCAUCGGGAUCUAACGCCGUCUCUAUAAAGAACUAACACACAGAUCAGCGGGACCAUGGACUAACUUUUUUUUUUUUUUACAUGGAGAGACUUGAACAAAAGGACUUAACCUGGCUUACGUUAAAGCUACUGUCAUGUUUGCCAUAUAUUAAGUGCAAUGAGUCUUUUCAAACGUGUCAUAAUUUGUAUCAACUGACAUUCAAAUACGUCCUCUAUUUUGAUCCAUACGUUUCUGGAAAGGUGAAAACUCCCACCUGUGCUAUACCGUUUUAUUGAAAGCUCAAUAUUUUUCGUUGUUGUUGUGGACUGCUGACAAUGGCUAUAUUUAAAAGGGAAACAUG